UAUGCCGCGUCCAUCAAACUCGGCAUGAGAUUCCCUCCACACCCCUUCGUUGUGGAGGUGUUAGAUGGUUUUAAUAUUGGGGUGGCCCAGCUGACCCCCAACUCAUGGGCGGAUAUCUUUGGCUACAUUGCCAAAUGUGCGCUGAACGACGUGGAGCCGUCCUUCAACGCCUUUCUGCAUCUGGUCUCCCUCUCUCGUUCCCCCAGUGCCGCCAAAGGGUGGUUUAAUCUGAGCAGCCGUGGUACCUACCAGACAGUGGUCGGCAAGCUCAGCAAGUGGCAUAUGUGGAGGAAGAGGUGGGUCGUGUUUUACACGGACGACCAGGAGAUGUAUGAGAGAAUGAGCCGUUGGAACUGCAACGCCAACUUCAUGGAUCGUGACGAGCCCCUUCCACCCCUUACUGCCGAAGAGUGGGAUCAGAUAAUGGUCCUGUUCAGGGCCAACACUUACCACUUAACAGUGGAUAAGAGUUUCCAUGUGCCGGCCGAGUGGUUGCCGCACAUUAGCCAGUUUCGGAACGAGGCUUUUCUAGCGGCCGUAGGCUUAGGAUAUUCCAUGACUCGAGGUUGUAUGCCAAUUUAUGUGCCGCUCUGCCUUGGUCUUAUUCAUUUUUCUAACUUUGGAUUUCUUUUGUUCUCAGAGGAAGGAAUGAGCAAGUUGUCGGCGGCGGAUACCGGGAAAGGCGAUAUGACCGAUUGGAUGGCGGACAUCUAUGAGGCCAAGAUGCAAAAAGCCAAGGCCGAGUUGGAGGAGAAGCAAGCUAAGGACGCGGCUAGGGCGUCAGGGAAGAAGAAGGGGACGACUCUGUCCCAGCUGAAGAAGAGAGCUGUGCCGGCUGGCUCGGAGACUCCGAGUACCUUCAAGAAGCCAAAACCCCUACCUCGCCGUCUCGUGAAGAAAGACGAGUCGAAGGUUGCUGAGGGGGGAUGCCCUGAUGACGAAGAGAUGGGCGUGGACAAGCCGUCUCUGGUGGUGGACUUGGUGUCCAAAUCGAGGUUCGGUGGGCAUCCGGACGAGCUGGAGGACCCUCUUUCGGGAAUCCCGGCCGACGUCCGCUCUCAGAUACCGGCGGAGGUGGCCCGCCGAGCUAGGUCUUCGGGCGGUAAGUAUUAUUCGAACGUCGUUCAGACGUAUCGAGCCUCCUCUGGCAGUUCUUCUUACUCUCCGCGUCAUCCUAAGGCCGUUGUUUUUCCUAUAGCCAAAGACAAAGGGAAGGAUGCAGCUGCUGCCGAGGACGAGAACGUACCUGCUACUCCCCACUAUUCGUCAAAGGAUAGGGUGGCUAUAUGCCGCAAGGUUUUUAAGGCCGUCCCCGCAGAGUAUGUUGCUUCUCUUCCUGGCCGCAAGACUGACGCCCAGUUUGGUGCGAUCCAGGCCACUCUUCUCGACUUGUUCUGCCGCAUGGAAUUCUGCAAGAGUUGGAAGACCCGCACUGCUGAGGAGCUCAAAGCUCAGGUGGCUGAGUCCACCCACCAUGGCGACUAUGCGUUCAAGUCCAUUGAAGAGGUCCGCCUGCAGAUGCAGACGACCAUAGACCUUCAAGCGAAGGAGGUAGCUGCGUUGAGAUCUGACAAGGCCGAGCUGCUUAAGAAGAUCUUGGCGCAGGACAAGGACAUGGUGGCAAUGGUCGAGGAGGCCAAGACAGCGGCGGCGGAAAUACGGGCGGUUCAGGACCAGUUGCGGGAGUACCCUCAGGUCAAAGAGGCGGCUGAGGAAGCCGAGCAUCUUCGUGGGGAGCUGGAGACGGCCAGAUCGCAAGUUCGCACCUUGCGUGAGCGUCUUCUGGAAUCCUAUGAUCAGGGGGAACAAGCGACCAAGGACGCUGUUAAGCACGCCUGGGAGAGCCACAUGUCAGAGUAUGAUCUUGGGUGGUUCCAGCGGCGAAUGGAGCACAGUGCCGCUGUGUUGGCUGCUGAACGUCUUGGUCAGCCGCCCCCUGAGUUUGUAUCAUCUGAUGACGAGGACGAUGCGGCCGCUCCCUGAUUUGCUUCCUUUCCUGCUUUUUUUUUAAAAUUUUAUUCAAGCGUUCCCGUGCCUAAGGGCAAAAACAAUUAUGUUGUAAAGUUUUGGCGCUGAUGGCGUCUGUAUCAUUGUGCCUGCUGAGCACACAACAAUUUUCUUUCUUUUUUCUGGUCAAGAAUUCUGAGCUACUUUUACACGCCUUUCUACGGGCGUUGUUUUAUAAGUAAAUAGGUUUUUUGAUGCUUCUCUUAUCUCGCAUUUACUUGCUCUUCAUAAUUUGAUUAUUCCUUAAUCAAUAGGCUUAAUCAAUAGGUAUGAUUGCCAAGGUGCAACCGAGUGUACACUAAGCACGUUGAUGCCGCAGGCAACUGAGUAUGCGCUAGGCCCUACUUUGGUCGUCACUUUCUUUGGCGAGCGUGUCUAUAACGAUAUUGAUUGACGCAAGUCAAUCAAUAGGUAUGAUUGCCGCUAGACAUGCUCGUCAAAUGGACUGUACGGCCAAACGUUCGUGCCGCCUAACUUUGAGCAAACAACCUUUGUUUCGAAGU